UGCAUGAUCAAUAACGUCUUUAUUUUACUAAAACAUAUCUCCUCAUAUACGCAGUAAUAUACUCAGUGAAUUGUUUCGGUUGGCUUUCAAAAACAGAAAAUUCGGGCUGAUGUAGUCUACUUAAGAUAACGCUGAUAAACCUUUAAGGAGUGCGAAUAUUGAUGGUUAAGAUAGAAAUCUUGCCUACUAUGGUUUGGCUGUCAAACUGCAAAACAUGGAUUCCAAUAAAAGAAACAAGAAAGAAAAGAACCCAAGAGUCAAAGCUUCGGUCCUGUCGUUGAUUACUUUUUUCUACACGUUCAGCUUGUUCAGAAAAGGCAGGAAGAAGACUCUCGAAGAUGAAGACAUUUACGAAAUCCCUGCAUGGUUAUCUUCUGAGAAACUGGGCAACGAACUUGAAGACACUUGGCUGGCACAGAAGAAGAAUAGUGAGAAUCCCUCAUUGGCCACCGCGAUAUUUAAAUCCUUUGGAAAAGGGUUCCUGUUGCUAGGCGUAGUACAAUUAGCUGUUAAGACAGUAAUAAUAUUUAUUAAACCUAAAGCCUUAAGUAAGGUAGUAGCCUAUUUUGAACCAAACCAAAAGGAAAUAUCCAAUAACGAUUUAUACACAUACGCCGCCAUAUUAAUAGGCUUAAACAUAUUCAGUACAAUCUAUAAUCACAAUUUUCAACAAUUUCAAACGGAAUUGACAAUCAGAGUGAGGACUGCAGUAUCGGCUCUAAUUUUCAGGAAAGCUUUGAAAUUAGACCCUCAUACCCUUUCGAACAUCACCAUGGGAAAAAUAGUCACCCUAAUCACCAAAGACGUGCUAGCCUUCGACAGCGCCUUGGGAUUUUUAAACGACAUGUGGAUAGGUGUAAUACACAUCACAGCAAUCACUUACAUCAUUUACAAUAGAAUCGGAGGCUCAGUGUUUGGAGGAAUCGGAUUUUACUUGUUUAUAAUCCCGUUGCAAUUAUUUGUUGGAAGGCGAGUGAGCCAAAAGAGGACCUUAGCAGCGAAAAAGACAGAUAACAGAUUACAAUUAACUGCCGUGACUAUAAAAAAUAUAAAGACUAUUAAAAUGUACAGUUGGGAAAAUUUCUUCCACAAAGGCUUGGACGCGCUCAGGAAAUCUGAAAUCAGUUAUCUAACCCCUGUGUACUACCUGAAAGCAGUAGUAUUGAUAGUAGCAUCAAUAGCAGGAAACUUAACUUUCUUUUUAAUGUUGAUAACGUACAUUUGGACGGGCCAUUUUACAGACGCCGAAACGAUAUAUUACAUACAGGACUGCUACGCCAGUCUAAAAUCCUACAUUCAAGUAUCCAUACCGAUAGGAAUAGCCCAAUGCUCCGAUUUGCACGCAUCGCUCAAGAGAAUCACCGAUUUUUUGAUGGCCGACGAGCUAACUAAACGCAGAACCGACGCCCCUCUACCGCGAGUGUUAAUGAAAAACGUCUCCAGCACAAUCAACGACACGGAAGUGCUAAAAGACGUAUCACUGCAAGUGGAAAAAGGAGUUCUGUUGAUAACAGGCAACAUGGGCAGCGGCAAGAGUUCCAUCAUCAAAACCUUGCUGGGAGAGUGCAAAGUCACCGGCGGUCAGAUGGUGCUGGACGGCACCGUCUCGUAUGCGUCCGAAGAGCCCUGGCUGUUCCCGAGCACCAUCAGACAGAACAUCCUCUUCGGCCAGGCAUACAACGAGAAAAGGUACAACGAGGUGCUCGAGGCCUGCGCUUUAACGGUGGAUAUCAAAAAACUGGAUAAGGGCGAUAUGACCUUAGUGGGCGAUAGGGGCAUCAAUUUCAGCAAAGGGCAGCAAGCGAGAAUUAAUUUGGCUAGGGCUGUGUACAGAAACAGUGAUAUUUACUUGAUCGAUGAUUGUCUGUCAUCUCUAGACAGUAGGGUGAAUGGAUACGUCUUCAAAAAGUGCAUUCUGGAGUUUCUUCAAGAUAAAAUUGUGAUAUUGGUGUCAAACAAUAUCAACCACGCAAAAUUAACGUACGGAAAAAGCAUUCUUUACGUGGAUUGCGGUAGAACUUUGUCUUUGGACGAUCAGAAAAAAGGAUUAGAUAAACGAAUCACCUAUUACAUAGACGAUAUCGACUUGAAUUAUUUCAACGACGAUUCUGCUCUCAACAAAGAGGAAAUCAUCGAUGAAGCUGACGAGACUACUGAAUUAAUACAAAAGCAGCAGAAGAUCGAGAAGCAGCUCUACCACGAGAAUAAAGAGGCUGGUAAAGUUAAACUAGGCAUUUACUUGAGGUACUACAAGUACGCAGGAGGGAUCAUAAUGUUAGUGAUUUUGGCUGUGAUAUUUAUCGUUACGCAGGCCGCGUUUUCGUUUUCGGAAAAAGCUCUUAGCUGGUGGGUUAACAACGAACCAAUAGUUACUAACUUGAUACAGAAUAAUCAAACGAACACAACUGAAUACCACGAUGCUAUUGGAAAACGGAAUUAUCUCGUAAACAUCUAUUCGGUCACGAUUUUAGCCACUCUUGUUCUAAUGAUUAUUAGAGUGUACCUCAAUUUCUACUUCGCCCUUCGGGCCUCGAAGAAUGUGCACAAAAAAAUGGCUAACUCGGUCGUAAACGCUUACAUGACUUUCUUCGAUAAGCAUUUGGUGGGGAACAUUAUCAACAGGUUUUCCAAAGAUAUGAGUACAAUGGACGAGACCAUACCGACAAAUACGUACGAAAUAUUCAGGAACACAUUGGCGUUUGUGGGUAUUUUAUACCUAAUAGUAUCUGUUAAUACGAUAUUUAUUAUCCCAACGAUACUUUUAAUCGUCAAACUGUUAAUAAUCCAGCGAUUUUACUUACCGACUGGGAGAGGUGUUAAACGAUUAGAAGCUUCCUCCAGAAGUCCAAUGAUAGGUUAUUUGAAUGCGGCUUUGGAAGGUUUGCCGGUGGUAAGAGCCUACGAAAAGCAAUCUUUGCUUAUAACCGAAUUCGAUAAGCAUCAAGAUCACUUCACAUCGGCAUCCUAUAUGGUGACCUGCACUGGAAGAUUUUUCUCUUUUAAUUUGGAUAUGGUAUCGACUGUGUUCUCAGCUGCUGUCGUAAUUAAGUUUCUUUUCUUUAAAGAAUCUGAAGCUGGUGAUGUAGGUUUAGCUAUUUCACAAGCAAUGAUGCUAACAGGUCUUGUGCAGUGGUUGUUCAAAAAUUACACUGAUUUGGAGAACAACAUGACAGGAGUAGAGAGAAUAAUGGAAUACACUGAUAUUGAGAAAGAAGAUAGAACUAAAGGCGAAAAAUUCGAAUCAUGGCAAAUCAACGGUAAAAUACAGUACAAAAAUGUCUCGUUAAUAUACGACACUACCAAACAGAAAGUUUUGAAAAAUUUGAAUUUCGAGAUAAAGCCUAAAGAGAGAGUCGGAAUUGUUGGUAGGACGGGAGCUGGAAAAUCGUCAAUAAUUUCAACCCUUUUUAGGUUAUAUGAUAUUCAAGGGAAUAUAUUAAUUGAUGAUGUAGAUACGAAGAGACUCUCAUUGGAGUUCUUGAGAUCUAAUAUGGCGAUUAUUCCGCAGGAUCCAAUUUUAUUUUCGGGUACAAUCCGAUCAAAUUUGGACCCAAAAGGCAAUCAUGCGGACUCUGAAUUAUGGAAAGCUAUAGAAAAAGUUAAUUUGAAAACUUUAUUUUUAAGCUUGGAUGAAAAAAUUACCGAAAACGGCUCAAAUUACAGUUCUGGCCAACGUCAGCUCAUUUGCCUAGCUCGAGCUUUAGUGAGCAAGAAUAAAAUUAUAGUGCUAGAUGAAGCUACAUCCAAUAUGGAUCCGGAAACGUGCAAUUUGAUACAAACAACUAUUAAACAGAAUUUUUCCGGUUGCACAGUCUUGACUAUAGCACACCGACUAAAUACUGUAGCGGAUUGUGACAGGGUCAUGGUUAUAGAUCAUGGGGAAAUUAUUGAAUUUGAUACACCGAGUGCUCUCAAAGCGAAUAAGGAAGGUAUUUUUUACAAUAUGAUCCAGCAUUCUGGAAUACACGAUUAAAAACGUAGUCCUAAAAUGAUACAUAUAGUUUAUGAAAUGUAAAU